UUAGCUCUCCUUUUGCAACUAAAGUUGCGAACAAGCUGCUCAGGUUUAGCGGAGGCAAUUACUUAUGGCUUCAGUAGAAAAAAUCCGAGAGGCACAACGAGCAAAAGGUCCAGCCACUAUAUUGGCAAUUGGCUCUGCGAAUCCGCCAAACUGUAUCUACCAAAGUGACUAUCCAAACUUCUACUUCGGCGCCACCAACAGCGAUCACAUGACUGAAUUAAAACACAAGUUUAAACGCAUAUGUGAGAAAUCAAUGAUAAGAAAACGUUUCUUCCACCUUACUGAGGAGAUUCUAAAGGCAAACCCAAACAUUGGCAACUAUAAGGCACCAUCUUUGAAUUUACGUCAGGAUGUGGGGGUUGCUGAUGUAACCAAGAUUGGUGGGGAGGCAGCUUUGAAGGCUAUCAAAGAAUGGGGCCAACCCAUCUCCAAGAUUACGCACCUUGUUUUCUGCACAAUGACGGGUUUUGACAUGCCAGGGGCGGACUUUCAACUCAUCAAGCUCCUUGGCCUUAAUCCAUCGGUGAACAGAUGCAUGAUCUAUCAACAAGGCUGUUAUGCCGGCGGGACUGCCCUUCGCCUCGCAAAGGAUCUUGCGGAGAACAACGCAUCUGCACGUGUACUUGUGGUGUGCUCGGAGAACAUGACCAUGUCUUUUCAUGGACCAUCCGAGUCCCACCUAGAUAUUUUGAUAGGCCAAGCAAUUUUCUCAGAUGGUGCGGCGGCCGCCAUCGUCGGCGCCAGCCCCGAUACCUUGACUGAGCAUCCAUUGUUCGAAUUGAUAUGGGCGACGCAGUCCAUUAUCCCUGAUACAGAGGAUGGAGUUGUGGGAAAACUACGCGAAAUGGGCAUGACAUAUCAUUUAUCGACGAAUUUGGCCGAGUUUAUAGGAAACAACAUCGAGAAUUGCAUGAUCGAAGCAUUUAGCUCCAUUGGUAUUAGUGAUUGGAACUCCUUGUUUUUCAUAGUUCAUCCAGGUGGCCCCUUGAUUCUUCACAAAAUCCAAGAAAACCUCGGUUUGAACGAGGAAAAACUCAAGACAAGCAGGCAUGUGCUGAGGGAGUAUGGGAACAUGGCGAGCCCAUGCGUGCUUUUCAUCCUUGAUAAGAUGAGAGAGAAAUCUAUGGAGGAAGGAAAGGCCACGACGGGUGAUGGGUUAGAGUGGGGAGUUCUCUUUGGAUUUGGGCCAGGUCUCACUGUGGAGGCUAUUGUGUUGCAUAGUAUCCCUGUGAAGAAUAUCAAUGCUUGUUAA